AUGGGCCCAGGCCCAUCUGAUCCGCUGGCCGACCACCCGUGCUCGCGCCUGGAGGCACUGCCCGUGGAAAUCCUCCAGUUAAUCUUUCUAUAUUGCCUUGAAGUGAACCUUCCUCGAGCUUCACCACGUCUCAGUCACGCAUUGUCCACCCCGUUGCUCUAUACCUGGCUUAUCCGGCUUGCGUUCAGCAGUACCAAUCCAGGCUCUCGAGACGGCUUCUUUACCCCAGAGUUUCUACCACCACCAUUGGACUUCUGGGCCUUGUCUUGGCAAGAGCGUCAAAAAUUACAGACCGAUCUACUGGCAUGUCGGUGGUGCACAUUACCCCUGCUUCGAAAAUGCCAGCGUGAGUACGUUACCCAUGCUAUUCGACGCAAAUGCGCCGGCUUGGUCUUUCAGCCAAACGACCAAGUAGUACUGUCGAACCUGGACCCAUGCUUCGACAAUCUAGAAACCUGUGACUGGGCCAUAGACGGCCGGCGUGGGAAAGGGGAUCUGGUUCUUCUCGCACAGGCGGAGGAAGCCUCGCGGUCUGCAUCGUCACGCACUAUCGACCGAAAAGUUGCGAUUUGGUUCCAUUUUGGCGCAGUCCAGAUCCGUGAACCCAACGAGGUAUAUUACGAGAACGACCUUUUCCGACUGCCGUGCUCGGUGGCCAUUGGACCUGGCCGUAUUCCAGAUAAGGUCCUGCGCUCGCCGUGGUCAGAGACACAAUUUCAAUUCCUACAAUUGCUCUCUGCGGAUUUCUACCUGGAUGAGGAUGAGUUUAACCCCGACCGAUCCUCUGAGAUCACAUAUCGUCUCAUCCGCAAGCAAAGCAUUGAACCUUUUCGUCGACUGCUGCGUAUGCCAUUUCGAGCAGCGAAUUGUCGCGUCCCAGCUCGGUGGCCGCUACUGCCUUUACACUAUUCCCUUGUCCGGCGGUUUGGAAGCGGAUCCGGAGAUUCGUUUGCAACUGUCAUCUUGAACGAGCGCUGGGAUGAUAUCCCCACAGAAGCAAAGGAGGAAUUGUUGCGAUAUAUCGAGUCUCCGCUGCAAAACGAACAAUGA